GGGACUACGGUUCAGCACCAUGACGUGGUUGUUGUUUGCCUGAAGAUGAGGCGAGUCGAAACUUACAUUACGUAGUCCACCAACACCGUAUGAAAGUUGACCAUCUUUAAACUUUCUGCUUCGGGAUUAAUUGUAUAUACUGUUCGACAUUCGAGAGUUGUACUAUAUGAUUUUAUGUUGUGACUUUUAAGUGUGUUAUAGCACGCGCGUAACGUAAUGCAGCGCUCGUGAUUAGCUGCUUCGUCUCAUGGACAGAGUUUCUUUGACUUCGCAAUAAAUAUAUGUGCAAUACGAGCAAAAUUUCUUUAACUUUGAGUGCGCGGACUUAUUAUUGAGCCGGUAAGAAGAUUAAAGUCAUGACGGGUAGAGAAGACGAAUACGACUAUCUGUUUAAAGUGGUGCUGAUCGGUGAUUCAGGUGUGGGCAAGAGUAACCUGCUCUCUCGCUUCACCCGAAAUGAGUUUAACCUGGAGAGCAAGAGUACCAUUGGGGUGGAGUUUGCCACUCGCAGCAUCCAUGUGGAGGGCAAGACCAUCAAGGCCCAGAUUUGGGAUACAGCAGGACAGGAGAGAUACAGAGCCAUCACAUCAGCGUAUUACAGAGGUGCUGUAGGAGCCUUGCUGGUCUACGACAUCGCCAAACAUCUGACUUAUGAAAAUGCAGAGCGAUGGCUGAAGGAGCUGCAGGAUCACGCUGACAGUAAUAUUGUCAUCAUGUUAGUAGGGAACAAGAGUGACCUGCGCCAUCUGAGAGCCGUGCCUAUGGAUGAAUCCAAAGCGUUCGCAGAGAAGCAUGGGCUUUCUUUUUUGGAGACAUCCGCUCUGGACUCUUCGAAUGUUGAGCUCGCCUUUCAGACUAUUCUCACAGAAAUCCAUCGUAUCGUCUCCCAGAGGCAGAUGUCAGGGCGUGGUGAUUCAGAUUUCUCACCCAACUCCAAAGUGGUACCCAUCACUGUGCAGCCGACACAGAAUUCUGCAAAGCAGGGCGCCUGCUGUCAAAAUAACUAAGCCGUCACAGCGCCACCACGGGGUUUAGGGAAUAUCUGGAUUUUUCUGAGCAGGCUCUUGGGCUGGGCUGCAAUACGGGUCGCGUGUGACCUAAAGCGCCGUAUGCCCUCUGCGUGGUGUGGUUAACAUAUAUAACAAACGUACUUAGUUAUGCCUGGAAUCGGCAAGAAAAAGGCUUCAAACUUGGAGAGGAAUAGAAGAAUUUUUUUUCACUGGGCUUUGUACAUGCUUCUUGUUUCAGACUAAAGCGAGCAGUUAGCUGGGGCGCUCAGAUCACGACUGCUCUUAUUUUUCUGCACUUUUGUCGUAAACGAUGCAUACCAACCACGAGCUGGAAUAACUUCACCAGAAAAAAAUAUAUAUUUAGUGUAAUUCUACUUUUAAUAUGAAAUAUGGUUUUUGAUAAAAGGGUGAUUUGUUAAAUUAAAUUAAAUCUCUUGUGUUAACCACCACCUAAACGCAUCUUUUAGACAUCAUCUGCACAUCUAUGAAAAUUCAAAGUGUGGUCUCUAUUCAGUUAAAGUUAGAGCCGUUCUCUAUUUAUUGAACGCAAAUAUGACCUUGAUAUUCUGUGGUGUGUUGUGAUGCUUCCUUAUACGAAUGUUUUUCUUUCCAUGUACUAUACUAUUCAUUGGAAUUUCUUAAGGGCUUUUCCGGCCAUUUUGCAUUUCGGCAAAGCCUGUCUGUACUCGUGUUUCUGUCAGGAGAGAAAUGUUAAUUAAAAACAGCUAUAUUUGUAGUUUAACAAGAGGAUCGCAUACUUAAAUUCAGGGUUGGGAAUCGUUUUUUUAUUUUUAAAAAAUAAAAAACUUGAAGUCAA